AUGACAGCACUCAGCAAUGGACAUUGUUUGACCGAAGGAGGACAACGAUGGGAUGAUCACAGUGGUGGCGGAUCGAGGUCUUCACUCACUCCUCCAUCUUCAACGGACGGCUAUCCGAGCAUUGCCGCUCCCGGGAUGACCGCCGACUCCGCAGCAGCGCUGCUCCAGUCCCAUCAGCACCACGCUAAUGGCUCCAGCGUCGGCGCUGGUCAACAAUACUCGGUCGAGUACUUGUCUCAGUUGCUCAAGGAUAAAAAACAGUUAUCUGCCUUUCCAAAUGUCUUCCAUCACUUGGAACGACUGGCUGAUGAAGAAAUUAGCAAGGUUCGAGUGGCUCUAUUCCAAUUCGAGUUCACGAAGGAAGAGAUGAGUCUUCCAGAACCAGAAGGAGAGGUUCAAAUCACCACCGAGAAGGUUUUCGUUCCUGCCAAAGAACAUCCCGAUUACAAUUUUGUGGGACGGAUUUUGGGACCAAGAGGAAUGACUGCAAAGCAGUUAGAACAAGAGACAGGAUGUAAAAUUAUGGUUCGAGGGCGAGGAUCCAUGCGUGACAAGAAGAAGGAAGAGCUUAAUCGCGGUAAACCAAAUUGGGAGCAUCUCUCUGAAGAUCUGCAUGUGCUAAUUCAGUGCGAAGACACGCCUAAUCGAGCGCGGAUCAAGUUAGCCAGGGCUGUUGAUGAGGUCAAAAAACUCCUAGUGCCAGCGCCGGAGGGUGAAGAUGAGUUGAAACGGAAGCAACUUAUGGAACUCGCUAUUAUCAAUGGGACAUACCGAUCUGCAACAGAGCAGGCAGCUGCCGCUGCCGCAGCCGCGCAACUGAAGCAGCCAUUGGCCGCUGCUCUCCUUUUAGAGGCAGCCGCUCUGUCUGCUCAGGCUCGAAGUGUCCUGCCGAUGUUUGCCGCUGGUAACCCAGCUCUGGCUCGGUCACCAACCAUGGCGGUAGCUGGUGCUCCCAUUGUAAUGAGUCCUGGGCGAGGAGCUGCCGGGCAGCAGAACCAGAUGUUGGGUUUACAGUCGCAGUUGGGCGCAGCUGUGGCUGUGAGCAGUAACGCUGCUGCUGUUGCGGCGCAACAAGCAGCAAUACUGCAACAACAACAGCAACAAGCGGCUGAAUAUCAGCAGCUGCUUCUCAGCCAAGGCUUGUCAUACGAGAACUUGGCAAACGUUGCCGCUUUGCAGCAGUUCCAACAGGCUCAAGCACAGCAACAAGCGGCCGCUGCCCAACAGCAAUACAGUUUGCUAGGAGCACAAUACUCAGAUUACGCUGGUGUAGACAUUGCUGCUGCUCAAACUGCUCCCGGUGCCAUGAUUAACCAACGUCGUGUUCUCGGCACUUCCCGUGACCACCCCUACAAGCAGAGUCCAUUGACCCAUAAACCUGGAUCAGAUUAUUUUUCAAGAGGUCACUGCUUCUCUGUUUCGACGUGUGAAAGUUGAAAAUGGGUCAAUUUUCUUACGAUCUGAGGACGUGAUAGAAAUCCGCUGCCAUCACUUUUCGCUUUCUCACAGUCACGAUAUUUUUAUGUUUUCGAC